CAAUCAGUCUCACGCACCAGCAAAGGAAAUUGAACUGAAAAAAAAAAAAACGUAAUAGGCCUCCGUUCUCUCUUUCCCUGCGCCGUCGCAGCUUCUUCUUGAGUCACGGUUGCCCACCGGACCACCACUCCUCCACUCCGGCGCCGUCGAGGUCGAGGUCCACGGUUGCCGAGCUUUGCCACUGUAAUCCGAUUUCAGCACCAAUUCAAUCCAAACUCUGUCAUUAUUUGCCACUCAAAUUUCAGUUCAGAUUGUGGAAUUCCCGCUGUUGGAAUCUGCUUGGCCUGCAACCUCAGUAGCGCGCCUCAACAUAAUUAUUUUGCUCUCGAGCUAAAUUCUCCAAUAUUCUGAUCGACUCUCUGCUAUGGACACUGUUAGUGCUAUCAUGUUAUACAAUUUCAGACCAGUAAAGAUCCCAACCAACGAAAUUGGUAGAACCCAGUUUCUCCAAUCAGUGUGCAAACCUUUUCUGUUAAUACCCAGUAUUUUUUGUUAUCGGAAACACCAUUUUCGAAGGGCAUUGAUCACUUCGAGUAUGGAAGAAACAGAAAUGGCGGAUAGUAAAGAUGGGUUAUCAACCUUUAAAUGGGUGGAGGUUGGUCCCCAUCUUACAGAAGCCCAGAAAGAAGCUAUCUCUCAACUCUCACCAAAGAUGACAAAGCGUUGCAAGGCUCUAAUGAAGCAGCUCAUUUGCUUUUCUACUCUCCAAGCUAGUUUGUCUGAAUUACUUGGUGCGUGGGUGAAGAUUAUGAAGCCUCGCCGAGCUGAUUGGCUUGUUGUUCUUAAGCAAUUGAAACUCAUGGACCACCCACUUUAUCUUGAGGUGGCCAGUCUCGCGCUUGUAGAAGAUUCUUUUGAAGCUAAUAUUCGUGAUUAUACAAAGAUAAUCCAUGGCCAUGGAAAACGAAAUCAACUUAAAGAUGCUGAAAAGACCCUUGCAACCAUGAGAAGCAGAGGCUUUAUAUGUGAUCAGGUAAUCUUGACCACAUUUAUUCACAUGUAUAGCAAGGCUGGUAAUCUUGAGUUAGCUGAAGAAACUUUUGAAGAACUUAAGCUGCUCGGAGAACCAUUGGACAAAAGAUCAUAUGGCUCAAUGAUCAUGGCCUACAUAAGAGCUGGAAUGCCGGAGCAGGGAGAGGUUUUACUGAGAGAAAUGGAUGCCCAAGAAAUUUAUGCUGGAAGGGAAGUUUACAAAGCAUUACUAAGAGCAUAUUCAUUGGAUGGUGACGCAGAAGGAGCUCAAAGAGUGUUUGAUGCAAUUCAGCUCGCUGCUAUAUCUCCUGACCAUAAGUUUUGUGGACUCCUUAUAAAUGCAUAUGGAGUAUCAGGUCAAAGUGAAAAGGCACGUGCUGCUUUCGAAAACAUGAGGAGAGCAGGUCUCACACCUAGUGAUAAAUGCAUAGCGCUGGUGAUAUCUGCUUAUGAAAGGGAGAAUAAGCUUCAAAAGGCAUUAGAGUUUUUGAUAGUGUUGGAGAGAGAUGGAAUAAUUAUUGGAAAAGAAGCUUCAGAAACACUGGUGGGAUGGUUUAAAAAUCUUGGAGUAGUGAAAGAGGUCGAUACUGUCUUGAGAGAAUUUUCUGUAAAAGAGGCGAAUUCCGAAUUUCAGGCUACCUAAUUUCAAUCUUCAACCACAAUCUUAAAGGCAACAUAGCAUAUUUGUUUCCUAUUUAUUUAUGGUUCUUUUGACUGCCAGGAAUAUAGAAAAUGGUAAGUGUAGCUCUGAAUGAAACACAUUGCAUACCACC